CAAUUCCUAAUUUUAUUUUCUUCCCCGUCUCUUCUCUUCUCCGCCGCCGAGAACCGUAAGCUUAUUCUCUGCUCUCAAACUUUGUCUUCUUACAGUAAGGCUGUAAUGCAGAAAUCACGAGAAAGCGGUUUCUUGUUCUGUAAUAUGUGUUCGACGAUGCUUGUUUUGAAAUCAAGCAAGUAUGCGGAAUGUCCACUAUGCAAAACAACUCGACUUGCUCAAGAAAUCAUUGGGAAGGAUAUAUCUUACGUAGUUUCUGAUGAGGAUAUCAGAAGAGAACUUGGAAUAUCUCUCUUUGGUGAAAAAACGCAGGAAGACACUGAGCUACCAAAGAUCAAAAAGGCCUGCGAGAAAUGCCAGCACCCUGAGCUUGUAUACACGACCAGACAGACAAGAUCAGCAGACGAAGGACAAACAACGUAUUAUACUUGCCCCAAUUGUGGACAUAGAUUCACUGAAGGUUGAGAUUAUUACAAUCUCCAGCAUGAUAUUCGAUUCACAUAUAAUGCCAGUUUUGUGUUCUUACAAUUAUGUUACGAACUCAAUGUUCUAUGUCAUGAUUAAAACCUUAUGUACUAUUGAUUCUUACAUUUAUGGUACGGGCUCAUUAGUCAAUUUCAUGAAUCAAAAACCUUAUGCGUUGUUCUUUA